AUGGCCGACCCCGUAUCCGCAAACAUGAACCAGAACGCUGUUAGCGACGAUGUGCGCGUUCUCGGCUACGACCCGUUGAUCCCACCUCAGCUCCUCUCCGCCGAGAUUCCCAUCACCAAGGCCUCCGAAGAAACCGUCCUUCGCGGCCGCAAAGAAUGCAUCAAGAUCAUAACCCAGCAGGAUGACCGCCUCCUCGUCAUGGUCGGGCCCUGCUCUAUUCACGACCCCGAGACCGCCCUAGAAUACUGCGACCGCCUCAAGGCUCUCGCCGACAAGCUCAGUGGAGAGCUUCUCAUCAUCAUGCGUGCCUACCUCGAGAAGCCGCGGACCACAGUCGGCUGGAAGGGUCUUAUCAACGACCCUGACAUCAACGAGAGCUACCAGAUCAACAAGGGUCUGCGCGUCUCGCGCAAGAUGUACUGCGACUUGACUUCAAAGGGCAUGCCUAUCGCGUCUGAGAUGCUGGAUACGAUUUCGCCGCAGUUCCUCGCUGAUCUCAUCUCGCUUGGUGCUAUCGGCGCACGCACUACGGAAUCACAAUUGCACCGUGAAUUGGCUUCCGGUCUCUCUUUCCCUAUUGGAUUCAAGAAUGGAACCGACGGAGGCUUGACCGUCGCUGUCGAUGCCAUUGGCGCUGCGGCUGCUAAGCAUCAUUUCAUGGGUGUGACAAAACAGGGCCUGGCUGCCAUCACCAGGACGGCAGGAAAUGAGCACUGCUUUGUCAUUCUCCGUGGCGGAAGCAAGGGCACCAACUUUGACAGAGACAGCAUCAAGGCUGCUCGAGAAGCUCUGAGGAAGAAGAACUUGCCCGAAGUCAUGAUGGUCGACUGCUCGCAUGGCAAUUCCAACAAAGACCACCGAAACCAGCCCAAGGUAGCUAAGGUUAUAUCUGAGCAGAUCCGUGACGGCGAGACCGGCAUCGUCGCAGUGAUGAUCGAGUCCAACAUCAACGAGGGCAACCAGAAGGUCCCAGCGGAAGGCCCAGGCGCGCUCAAGAAGGGUAUCUCAAUCACUGAUGCGUGCAUCGACUGGGAUACCACCGUCAACACUCUCGAAGACCUUGCCGCCGCAGUCAAGGAGCGCAGAUCGAAGAAGGCUGUUACAAAUGGUGUACAUUAA